AGUUACAUCACUAGCAGUUAUCUUCGAAAGGUCGGGAGGGUCAGGUGGAAAUAGUUCAAAUAUACACGUAUAUACACGUUAAACAAACAACGAAAAUGUUCUCCCGCGCCCUAAAACCUGCCGCCCUUGCUGUACAAAAUGGUGCAAAGAACUUUUCCACCACAUCACAGAGGAACUUUAAAGUGGUGGUCGCUGGUGCCGCCGGUGGUAUCGGCCAGCCUUUGGCCCUUCUACUGAAGCAGAAUCCUCUGGUGACCAGGCUGGCUUUAUACGACAUAGCGCCUGUGACCCCCGGCGUCGCAGCCGACCUUUCCCACAUGAACACCCCAGCCAAGGUCAGCGGCCACAAGGGACCUGAGGAGCUAUCAGCAGCCAUCAAAGAUGCUGAUGUUGUAGUCAUCCCAGCAGGAGUACCCCGUAAACCGGGAAUGACCCGUGAUGACCUAUUCAACACUAAUGCUUCCAUUGUCCGUGACAUUGCUUUGUCCAUUGCUCAGAAUGCACCCAAAGCUAUUGUGGCCAUCAUCACAAACCCUGUUAACUCUACAGUGCCUAUUGCCUCUGAAGUGCUCAAGAAGGCGGGAGUGUACGACCCGAACCGCGUGCUCGGCGUCACCACUCUGGACGUAGUCCGCGCUGCCACCUUCGUCGGCGAGAUCAAUGGCGUGGACCCGACCUCCGUCGCCGUCCCCGUCAUCGGCGGUCACUCCGGCAUCACCAUCAUCCCCAUCCUGUCCCAGUGCCAGCCGGCCCUCAAGCUGAGUGACCCGGCCAAGAUCAAGGCGCUCACCGAAAGGAUCCAGGAGGCUGGUACCGAAGUUGUGAAGGCGAAGGCCGGCGGCGGCUCCGCGACCCUCUCCAUGGCGUACGCCGGCGCGCGGCUCACGGCCUCCGUGCUCAGGGGACUGAAGGGCGAGUCCAACGUGGUGGAGUGCGCCUACGUCAAAUCGAGCCUCACGGAGGCCACGUACUUCGCCAGCCCCGUGGUGCUCGGCAAGAGCGGCGUCGAGAAGGUCCUCGGCUACGGGACCCUCAACGAAUUCGAGCAGCAACUCCUGAAGGCGGCCCUCCCUGAACUCGCCAAGAACAUCAAGACCGGCGAGGACUUCGCCAAGAAGUAAACGAAUAAAUAAAACAAAAUGAAACAUUAUAAACUGACCGACUUGUAAAAAAAACGGUGAAUGAAGUGAAACUUCUUGUUCGAUGUGUACAGAGUAUUGUGGUUUUCUUCAUUUUUUUCAUUCUUAAAUUUAGAUUGCUCUUGUAAU